AGCAGAAUCAGAACCAGAACCAGCACAAAUGGAGGAAGCAGAGAAGAUAGAGGGCAAACAAGAUAAACAGACUUCUGUCAUAGAUACAAACACAUGUCGUUGUAAUAUUAGUCUAUUGAUUUUUUACUCUGUUUACCUACAUUUUAAUUAACUCAGAAACACUUACUUAUUAUUUAUUAUUAUUAACUAGUUAUUUCUAAACAAGCACCUUUAGUUUGAAGGGAACAACAGGAAGGGGCUGCUGACGUCAGCCCGGUGGGCGUGUCAGGCAGUGUGGAUGGGGCGUGGCCGUGUGGGGUCCGCCGGCAUAGAAGGGGCGUGGCUGUGGCAGCCAGACUGCGUGGAGGGGGCGUGGCUGUGGGUCAGUGUGUGGAUGGAGCUCCAGGGGGAGCGGCAGCAGGACGGAGCUCAGUCCGAUUCUCUGCUUCGUUCUCACGGAUCUUUUCACCGCUGCUGCCCCAGAGCCUGCGAGGACCGACCGGACCCGGGUCGACGCUUUAUCGCCCGAGGACCCUGAAAACACCGGUUGAUACUGGACCUGAGCGGGACCCGCGGUCGGGCCCGGUUCUGUUGCAGUUGCUUCGGACCCUGAUGCCGCAGAGACCGUGAGGCCGAGAGGAGAUGCCGCUGCCCGGCCGCUGCAGCCGGGAGAAGGCGGCGGCUGUGGACGCGGAUGCGGCGGAGCGACUCUGCUCGGUCCGGGAGCGGCUGGAGGCCACCGUGUCCGGGCUGGAGGAGCUGGAGCUCCUGCGGCAUCGGCAGGAGCAGCGGGUCAGGGCCACUUUAAACCCGGGCCGGAAGGAGGCUAAGCGGAGCUCCGAGGAGAAGCUGCUGGAGGAGAACAUCCUGGUGCUCAGGAAACAGCUGAACUGUCUGAGGAGGAGGGACGUUGGUCUCAUCAGUCAGCUCCAGGAGUUGGACCGACAGAUCAGCGACCUGCAGCUGGACACGGCACAUGAUGAGUCACAUGAUGAGUCACAUGACCAGCUGGAGACAGACAGUCGACCGAGUUCAGGUUUCUUCGAGCUCAGCGACGGUGCGUCUGGAUCGCUGUCCAACUCCUCCAACUCCGUCUUCAGUGAGUGUUUCUGUUGGACGGUGGAUGCUGGAGGAUGCCUCCCAUCCACAGAUGAGCUGGCGAGCUGUUUGGAAUGUGAAGGACUGGUUGGAAAACUUUGUGAUGACUCUGCCACAGUCCACUGCUCACUCUCAGCUCCUCACCCCACUGUGGAUGUCGCCUCUUCCAUGGUUUCCACUAACACUCAGUCUAAAUACCACUGCGACCUGGUGUCCCAGAACAGUGGUGAAAUUUACUGCUACCCAAGCCCGAUGCAUGCGGUGACUGUCCAGAGUCCUGCUUUUCUGCAGAUGUUGGGUCAUGGAGGUCACAGCAGAGAUGAGACUGAAGUUUACAAACCAGAAACCUCUCCACUUCUGGCUUCUGUUUCAGUCACAUGUGUACCCCAGAGCUCCUCUUGGCCAAUUUCCUCCUCCCCCGCUGCCUCCCAAACUCCUUCCCAUAAACGACUGGACAACUACAUCUACAGUCUGCUGCAGCGGAAGGCCCAGUCUAUCAGGGUCAGCAGACCCAGGACCAGCAUCAGCACAGAGCCCUCAAAGAGCAUCCUGAGGCAGGCCAGUCUCUGUGGGAGGCAGCCGUCUGGUCCCACUUCUAGUUCAGGGACUCUGUGGGGCUCUGACCUCAAAUCCUCAUCACCAGUAGAAGGUGUUGCAACCUCGUCUUCUCAGAGGCAGUGGUCUGUGGAAAGUGACACCAGCUGUCUCCAUAGUUAUGGCAUCCAAAACAGCUGUUCUGUAACCAACAAGAGCUCAAAUACAAGUACAAAUGGUAUCCUGAGAAAGAACAAAUUGAUUCUUUCUUACCCAGGAGCAUCGACCACAACUAAAGACUUCAAGGAACCAGGCAGUCUCAAAGCAAACCCUGAAGAGACCAAGCAGUCCUGUUGCCCUAACCCUGACCCUGACCAGGAACUGUUCCUUAAGUCACACACAGUUUUGAAAACACAGUCAGGUACUCCCAGAAACAGCCCUGAGUCUCUCAACAUUGGUCCAGCAGAGAAAGAUGUUGCUGUUCUGGGUUCCUGCUCCCAGAGUCAGAAUGAAAGAAGAGAGAGUUACAUGGUUAAUGGCAGAUACGUUCCCACCCAGCAAUCCAUCAGACACUGCAAGGGUGAUCACAAAAAUGACAAAAAUGUCAAGGUGAAGAGCACCGUUACUCCGAAGAAGAGUUGGGCCUCUGAACACAAAGAGCCUACAUCAGAGAGAAGAAGAGAUAAAUCUCACCGCAGGCUGAGCUCUAGAAAGUCACAGCAGCUGGAAGAUGGCGGCUCUGCUCACAUUAAGGUUUCCAAGAGAGGGGGCUCCUCCAGAGUGAAACGUUUCCCUCCAUCUAUCCCAGAAGGCCCAGACAGACAUGUUAUGAGCAGCACACUGAACAACGCGUCAUCAUGUGUUUCCAAGCACUGUCACCAUGCAAACCAUGGUAAGCACCUCCUUCAUGGUCACCAUCACUAUUAUGGACGUGACCACGUCGUGGUUGUUGCAAAACCAAAGUAUAAACGGAAUGGUUACCGUCGGUUACGUGCGAUCAUGGAGGUUACAUACGAUGAGGCGUUCAGGCGCACUCAGCGCCGUCAGAGAAAGCAUCUGCUCAGCAACUCUGCAGUCAGCGUCGACCCCCCUGCCAGCCCUCGUCCUUGCGUUGCAGGCAGCGACUCUGAGUAUUCAGCUGAGUGUGCAUCGCUGUUUCACUCCACCAUUGUGGACACUAGUGAGGACGAAAGGUCCAACUACACCACUAACUGCUUCGGAGACAGCGAGUCCAGCCAGGAAGAGAAGGUGGAGGAGAGCACUCCCAACACAAGCGAUACGGAGGAGAGCGGGGGAAGUGGAGCCUGGGACGGGUCACGUGCAGUGGGUAGGGGGUGGGAUCAGUUAAGGUCGGUAGGACAGGAAAUGAUCCCAGCCGAGGCAAAGGCCUUCGUCAAGAUUAAAGCGUCUCGCAACCUGAAAAAGAAGAUCCUCAGGUUCAGGUCUGGUUCUCUUAAAGUCAUGACAACUGUGUGAACUGUACAUUUCAACCAACACUAAACCAUCAUCCAAACCUAGGAUAGAAUCAUCUUGCUCCUGAAUGUUCUGUUUGGGUUUGAUGAACCCAUCUGAGCCAGUUCUCCUCUGUUUCCUCUUUUCAUGGUAUUUACUACGAUGUUCAGAUGCUAAAAACAAAACAUCACAUGGGCUCAUCAAAUGCUUCUGUCUUAAUGAAACUUUGUAUGGAUCAUAUUCAGUUCAUUGUGAAGCUAAAGAUAAUUAUAAGGCAUUAUUGAAUAUCCUGAAGUCACUUUAUAUGAAUCAAAUCAACGUGUCUGCUCCUUUCAUGCAUAGAGGUCACUACAGUGUACAGCUGUUUAAAAGUGUUUUUUCUCUAUAUAUGCCUGCAAUUUUGGGCACUGCUGCAUAGAGUCCACUCUAGUGGAAGCUAUUGCAUCAUCGCAUAAAAACAAAUCCCUUUGGCUGGUCAUUGUAAUGGGAAAAAGUAGUCAGUGAAACCAAGAUUUUCCAACAGUUAGGGAGAAAGACCAAACACCUCGGCUAUUUCAGUUCCUAGCUUCUAUAAAAAGAUACCAUAGCAGGUAAAAAAAAAUAAAAAUAAUAAUUACAUCAAGUAACAUCUAAGGUGACAUAUUAUGUAAAGAUUUUCAAAGUUUUGAUUUUAUAUUUGGAGGAAAUACAGAUUAAUCAUCUGUCCACUCAGUUGUGCAUCAUACAUCACUAGCUAUGUUUCAACUUCAAUGCAAUGUCAAUUUAUACCAACGUUAUUCUAGAAAAUAAUUCAUAUCCUAUAAUGUUUUGGCUGUAAAUCAACUUCUUGAUGUUUUUAUAAUGUAAUUUGAGUUUUUUCUAUAUAUCCUUAUAUUCUGUAGAGCUUAAAAUGACGGCUUCGUUCCACCUCCAGAGACCUGCUCGUUAGGCUGAUUGGUGACUUUAAAUUGACUCUAGGUGUGAGUGUGAUUGGUUGUAUGUCUCAGCGGUAGCCCUGCGAUAGACUGGCGACUUGUCCAGGGUGGAUCCCACCUCUCGCCAGGGGUUUCUCCAGCAACCCCCCGCAGCCCUAGUGAAGGAUUAAGCGGUGGAAGAUGAGAUGAGAUGAAGAGUGUCAGAAAUGUCUGCAAAGCUAAGGAUAACCAGUUUGAGGGAGACCUGCCUCCUUUCUUAGGAGAGAGCAAGAUGAAUGUUGAGGGAGCAGAUGUAAUAGAUUUCUUCGUGCAUUCUUUCAUCCAGGAUAUGAUCGAUGACAUUAUAUACAAUACAAACCUGUCAUGUUUAUGUUUAUGUUUUAUGUACUUUCACAUUUAUCAAUAGAGUUCAAAUAGAGCUCUACAGAGUAGUGGAGGAACCACCAUUCCAACAGAAUACCAUAUUACAACUGUUUACCUAAAUUACAACUAUUCCUAUAUAACUACCAUGUUAUUACAUUGAUGUUUUUUACAGUACAAAAUGCAUGAAGUACACUUGAGUGGACAGAUAAAUAUUUCUUUAUAGGAUAAAGAUUUUUUUCAUCCCUAAGGAUGUAUAAAAACACUGACUGAGUUUAUCAUAAUUCAUGCAUGAAAGGGUUAAAGACAUAUGCACAUUUGUAGAUAACAGCUUUAUCCAUCUGGAUUAAACAGUCUCUGCUUCUUUAAACUGAGAUUCAAAUUUACUGCUUCCCACAAACACAGCAUAAGAUGCUUUGUUUAACGAUAUGAAACUUCUCGCCUCCUGCACUGUCUUGUCUUUUCUGUGCCUUGUCAACACAAACCUGGAAUCAUUGAGCUUCAAAUGAACAGACACGUUGUUGGACACAAAUGAUGCCGGCUUUCAUGACUUCCUCCAGGCUAAAAGAGGAUGUCACUGCUAAAGGUACAGGCCCCAAUAAAAAUAUAAAGAAAUAUAGACUUGAAUAGAAUUGUUCAAGCUUUUGAGAUGAAUACUUGCUGAUUCAUGGUUUAAACUAGUGUUACCCUGAUUACACCCUGUUGCCUCUAAACUCGUCCUUGUCUCAUGUUUGAGGCAAAUUGCCAGUGAUGUUGGGGAUAUUUAUUUGACAGUGUGCAACAUAAAAGCACUGUAAAAACCAAUUCGUUCACGUUCCAAUUUAUACGUUAAUCUCUCAAUCUUCAUAUUGAUUUCACCCUCAAGCAAGUGUGUGCAGACUAUUAUGGGUUAGUCUCAGCACAAGUCGUCAUACAGAUAGUAACUCAGAGUCCCGAAGAGUCUUUCCUUUCAUAAUGUUUGAAGAGACAAGUUCAUACAUCUUAAUUUACACACCUUUACUGUUGAGAAGUUGGAUGCUGAGGCUUUUUUUUUUUUGUGGGAUCAUAUCCUCUUGUCACUGGUCUAGGUGGGUUUUAAAUCCUCCGAGUUUGAAGAGAUUGCCCAAAAAGUUCAACCAGUGUUCCACCAGAAGAGUCCCAGGAAGUUUAUUUUCAAGGACUAAUGUCGAGUAACUUUACAACAAACUGAAGUUUGUUUCAGUUUGUUAAGAUUUUUAUGUAGUUGUGCAACAUCUCAAAAAUAUACAGAUGUGCUAUGUCACAUCUGUGUGCCACUCUGUGACUCCUUAGUUCCACAGUGUUGUGUCAAUGCCCAAAAAACAAAGCUUGAAUUUUGUUUGUAGUUUCAGUUUUUAAGAGUUUUAAUGCUGGAAUCCUGAUAAAGUGUCACCCUUACCCUAACCCUGUCCAGAAAGGUUUGACCCUAAUGUGGGAUAAGACUAUGUCCUAGAGCACCGUUUAAACCCCAGUUCCUCCAAUUGUUGCUGAGAAUGUUGUUUGUCCCAGAAGAAAGCUGUCGUAGUGGAAUCAGCUGAAGUUGGUUUGAGGGUUUAAGCCAAAUCCCGCUGCAGUAAUCUCUUUAUUUUCUGCACUUUGAGACAAACCAUAAGGAAACAGGAUGAAUGGUGCAACACCGUUAAUCUGUUGUUUGUAUGUAGCUUUGUUUUGUAUUAUCAUCACACUUUGCUGCACACCAAACAUCUGUAAAUGCUUCUUUAGAUAGGCUGUUUUGUGAUGAAAGCUUUUUAAAAUGUAUAAAUCUAAUAUAUUUGCUUAGUAUGUAUAGGGAACCACACGUGGUACUAACAAACCCUGAGAUGUCAUUCGAAAUACUCAGCAUUUAGAUGUAUGUGGAAACCAGACUACGGUUUGUGUUUUCCUUUCAGAAUGUAAAGAUUUUGCUUUGUUCCUUUGUCCAUUUUAAAUAAUGUAAAUUAAUGGAAUGUUUAAUGGAUGCUUGCUUAUUUAGAUUAUCAGAUUUUCUGAAAUACUGUUGCAGCCUUGAUGAAAUGUGAUCUGUUUGUCAACUCGAAAGCUUCUGGACUUUCAGGCUACCACCUCCCAAACAGAUCUCAUGCCUGAUAUAUAUACUGUAUAUAAUAUGAUAUAAAUAAGGCCUUCCAUAUAAAAAACAAGAAUUAUCAAUAAUCAUUAAAAUACAGAUUUGUUGUAGAAAUCUUGCCUCAGAGCGGAAUAAAUACCAGCACAAAUUAAUUACUAAUGAUCAUUUCUUCCCAACACGGGACUGAUCAGGACAAAACUGUAAACUAUUAGUUUUUAUGUGAAUUUCAUCUGAAUGAACCAGAGUCUGACCUCCAUCUCCUCAUCUGAAUGUAAUGAUUUUAUACAAGCAGCCUUAAAAUGAGAAUUUCAUUGUUCUUGUCUUUUCUGGUCCAGUUUUCACGUUCCAGCGAUAAAAACGCCUUUAUUAAAAAUAACUUGGUAACUUCCACGAAGCUAUAAAAGUCUCAGAAAACUUUUAUGUUUACUGGCUUUAAAUUUAAAUGUAAGCUUUUUUUUUAAGUAAAAUAAAACUCUUCUCUUAAUGUUUAACAACCGACACCAAACCACCGGUAACAACUUUACUCUGGUCAAAGUUCACCUGUGCAACAGUAAAUGACUGUUACUAAUGUGUGGAUGAUGUUUUGAUGACAACGGUGCAGAACCUUUUUAAGCUUCAUUAAACAUGGACUUUAAUAUUC